AUGUGGGCUGAAGAUUACGGGGCGCCGCGCCGGGGUCUCCCGCCCACUUGGAGGCGUCUGGAACCGGAGCCUGGAGCCAGCCAGGGCUGUGAGGGUUUUCAAAGACGCGCCACCACGCCGGGGCUGCUGAGGUUACGGUCGCCGGGGCCCGAGGGCACCUGCUCGCGGUUCCGCCGGCUCCCUGAUAACUGUGCGGGAGGCUGGACCCGCAGCGGCGACAGCGACGACAGCAGCAGCGAGGACUGGAGCGCAGGCAGCAGCAGCAGCCACACCAGCCGUGACACCAUGGAUCUGUCUUUUAUGGCCGCGCAGCUGCCCAUGAUGGGAGGAGCAUUCAUGGACUCACCCAACGAGGACUUCAGUACCGAGUACUCCCUGUUUAACUCCCCUGCCAACGUCCACUCGACCUCCAAUGGCCACGGCCAGCUCGAGGAGUCUCCUCGCUCCUCCAACGAUGCUGUGCUGCUGUGGAUUGCCAUCAUAGCCACGGUGGGGAACAUCGUGGUGGUAGGGGUGGUGUAUGCCUUCACCUUCUGAGGCCCAGGGAUGCUGAGGCUCUGGGGAAGCCCCUCCCACUCUGGCUCCAGCUUUCUCCCAGCCACUGGAGACACCUAUGUUCCCGGAUGGUCCCUGGAGGGGCAGGCACCAUGCACCUGUAAUUUCCUCCAGGCAGCUCCGGCUUAGAGCAUCUCCGUGUUGCGGCUGAUCUAAUUCAGAGCACCUUGAAGGUGGUGGCUUUCAGCUCCUAAAAGCUUGACAGCUCGGGUCCUUCGAGCAGCAGACUGAACAAUUCUUGAAGUUUCGGUCAGUCCCAGAAUGCAAGGACGGUUUGAACAUCCUAUUGGGUUAAAAAAAAAAAUGAAGGUCUGGUUUCGGUGACAGUAAA